GUUAUCCUUAUGUUUAACUUUGUCUUUUUGGUUCCUUCAGGAUGCAAAUCAACAAUGUUGUCAGGGUUGCCAAGAAAUUUGAUCUUCCUACAAUGGAUGUUAAAGUCUUUGAUGACACGAAGACAGAAGUUGAUGAGGAAGCAUUCGAAUAUCUGAUGACACGACCAGAUCUUGGUGUCCUAGAAAUUUUCAUCACAGGCAAAGCAAGCCUUGAUGAUUCUUUAAGCUCAAGCUCAUUAGGAGAUACUGAGGGCACAUCAGAAUCUGAUGAUGUAGCAAUGUUGAUGAGAAGUCCUCCUGAAAAAAAUGAAGCUGAGGAACGUCGUCUUGCCCAAAUGAUCGAAGAUAUUCUGAAGAACAGCCCUGGAGGCGAAAGGGUCAUAAACGAAUAUGCUCGCACUAAAAGUCUGUCAGAUGCCCGAAGACGUGACAUGGUGAAAAUCCUGGUAGCGCAUCUGACAAAUGAACAUGGAACAAGGCCGUCCCGACGUAUGAAGGAAGAAUAUGCAAAGGGAAUCGUCUCCCUAUUCCCAAACUUGGCUGACCCCAGGAGCAAGCUUGGUUAUAUUGAUCAAGAUUUUGGACUUCUAUUUGGUGAUGCGACCUCUGCAAAGUUGUUGGAGAAGUGGUCUACCAGCAUAAAACCAAAGGUUAUUGCACAGAGCCGUGGCCUUACACAGACUUGUGAGCUCCAAGACCUCAUCCAAAAUGCUGAAGCCACUGUUGAAGUUGAAGAAGGUUGGGACAGUGACAUGUCUUCCAUUCUGAUGCUGGUUCACCUUUUGCCACCCUCAAGUCAAGGCCGCAAAAGACCGGGAAAGAUCUCAGCAAGACAAGCAUGUGAUCGCCUUGUGAAAUUCAUCAAGACUGGCACCAGUAUCCAAGGGCACUUGGAUAGCAUUGGAGAGAGACUGCAGCCAUAUCUACUUGCUGUUGGGCCGAAGAGAAGUAGGGUCCAUUCUUGGUUUAUUGUAAUUGACCAACAUGCUCUACCCUGUAAGGCUUCUAAUUCACUGGCCUGUGUUGAUGAGCUUUUCAAAGCUCACUAUGUCUUUGGCACCUCAUACUCUGCACAAAGAUGA